CCAUCUUUCAGUGUCUUUCAUUAAAGAGAAUACAAACACAUCUUUUGUGUAGGUUCUUAUAUUACAUCUCCUUUGAAGUUCUCAACUUUCAUUGAUUGAAACACUUGAUUUGACCACUCUAUUUUUUUUUUCUGAUCCAUAAAUAAUGGCGUCCUUCAUGAAAGAGUUUGAACAUCUUAAAAUCCAUCUUGAAGAUUUAAAAAGAGCCACCAAUAGUUUUGGUAGCAAAGUUAUCGGAGCUGGUGGAUUUGGGAAGGUGUACGAAGGAGAAAUCUCUCACUCUAAGGGGAGAAGCAAAGUUGCUAUUAAGCGUUUGAGUCGUGAAUUUGGGCAAGGAGACCCUGAGUUCCUGAAGGAGAUCAUGAUGCUUUCUCGACACUCACAUAAGAAUCUCAUUACCCUCCUUGGAUAUUGUGACGAGGAUGGUGAGAAGAUCCUUGUGUACGAGCAUGCAUCCAAUGGAAGCCUCGAUCGCCAUUUAAGCUCCAAUGUUCUCACAUGGGCACAACGUCUAAAGAUAUGUCUUGAUGCUGCAAAAGGUCUAAAAUACCUCCAUGAUCAUAGGGGCACCCACCAAAGAAUUCUCCACAGAGAUAUAAAAAGUGCCAACAUCCUGCUAGAUGACAACUGGAAUGCUAAACUUUCUGACAUGGGACUUUCAAAAUUUGGACCUGCUAAUCAACACAGUGUUCUUGUCACCAAUGUAGUGGGUACUCCGGGAUACUGUGAUCCUCAAUAUAUGGAGACGUACACACUAUCCAAAGAAUCAGACAUAUACUCUUUUGGGGUCGUCUUAUUUGAAGUCCUAUGUGGAGGAUUAUGUUUUAAAACAACCACCGGUCAGUUAGAGAUUUUAGUUCCUAUGUGGAAACAAAACUACAUACAUAAGAAACUAGACCACAUUAUCUUUAAAGAUCUCAAGCCACCAAUGGACCCCACUUCUUUGGAAACAUUUUCAGAGAUUGCAUUCCAGUGUUUACACUACUCUCGUGAACAACGGCCAACAACGUCUCUUCUUGUAAGAAAGCUUGAGAUCGCAUUUAAGUGUCAAGAACGCCAUGAUGUGAUGAAACUGACUAAUGUUGUGGGAAAGUAUGAGAAAUACAAUUAUUUUGAUAAACUUCUCUCCAAAGGCAAAGAGGUCUUUUUUAACAUAGGCAAAAAGAAAAAGGAAGGAGCUAAACGAAAAGACGCCAAAGGUAGCGCUGCCACAGUCGGGAAAGGCGCUGCCACGAAGAGAGAACUUGUACACUUUGAUGGUACAAUGAGUUUCACACUCGAAGAUCUUUUGCGUGGAUCAGCUGAGGUAAUGGGGAAAAGCACUUAUGGAACUUAUUAUAAAGCAACACUGGAAAAUGGUGAUUGCUUUACCGUAGUUAGAUUGGGACUAUAUUUAGUGAAAAAUCAGAGAAAAGUCGAAGCUGAAUUAAAUUUGCUUGGGAAAAUUAGUCACCGAAAUCUUUUGACAAUGAGGGCUUAUUCUUUGCACCCAGAAGAGACACUUCUCGUCUAUGAUUACAUGCCUAAAGGAAGCCUUGCUGUUUUUCUCCAUGCUCGAACAUACCAACCACAGAUAGAUUGGGCAACAAGAAUGCGAAUAGCAAAAGGAGUGGCUAGAGGUUUGCAUAGCCUCCACACCCACCACAACAUAAUCCAUGGAAAUCUAACGUCAAGCAACCUUUUCCUUGAUGAGAGCAUUAACCCCAAGAUUUCUGAUAUUGGGAUGUCACGGCUCGUGACGGCUUCAGCAAACUCAGAUAUGAUUGCAACAGCCAGGAUUCUUGGUUACCAGGCUCCCGAACUUUCUAAACUUGAGAAAGCUGAUAUGAAAACUGAUGUUUACAGUUUGGGUGUGAUCAUGUUAGAACUCCUAACUGGGAAAUCACCCGGAGAAAUGGAAGACCAAAAUUUACCACAAUGGGUGGGCUCGAUUAUAGAAUCAGAAUGGAUUAGUGAGGUUCUUGAUCUUGAUAUGCUGAGAGAUACUCCACUUGAUGAAGACGAGAUGGUGAGUACUUUGCAGCUGGCUAUGGAAUGUGUUUCCAAAUUACCACAUCGUAGACCGGAUGUGCAGCAGGUUCUUCAGCAGCUGGAAGAGAUUAGACCAGAAACCGCCACAACUUCUAGCGAUGAUGGUGGCGCUGGACCUUUAUUAAGCUAGUGAAACUGGACGUCAGUGAUAGUGGAGAUUAUAGUUCUAUAAUCCUUGAAUCGAGAUCUGUUUCGUUGGAAAUACAUAUAGCUCUACAUAUAGAGGUGUUUUCUUUCAACAAACAUAUAGCUUUUUACUAAUUUCUCACAGAAAAGCUUCUUGACAUAGAAAGAAAACCAUCACCAAUUCAUUGUUUUUACUA